UAAGUACGGAUUAAUCGAUGGAUGUGUUUCGGAAUCUAAGGAUUAAAACGGCCGACCAAAUCUGAUUGGGGGCUUUUGGGCUGGUCUGAAGUCGCCAAACUUAGUCAAGAAUGUUUCCCGGGAUGGAAUUUCGCUUGCGAUUUUUAGUAGCCAGAUGUAGUGCAAAACGCUUGCGGUUGAACUUCUCUUUCAUCCUCAGUUCUUGGAUGGACUUCAAAAUCCAGAUUUGUGUGCUCUGACUCGAAGAGACAAUCAAAUCCAACAUGGAUAUUUUAUUCUAGAAACUGUUUCAGAUUUGCUGUCAUCAUUUUCUCAUCAAUCAUGCAACUUUGAUAUGUAGCUGAAUGAAUGUGAUGAACUGAAAUGAAGACCACUGAAAAUCCGCAGAAUACAGAAGAAAUACAAUCUUCAUCCCAAGCUUCAAAUGAAAUUUCGCAUAACCAUCAGAAUUCUCUAGUUGCCGAGUCACCAAGAGCAGCCACUGGAUCAUCUUCAAAAGGAAUCAAUCAAAAUAAGAAUGUUUGCCGUGAAGACAUUGAGCUAGUCCAAAAUCUAAUAGAGCGUUGUCUGCAACUGUAUAUGAACAGAGGAGAGGUGGUUAGGACUCUGUCCACACGUGCUAAGAUAGAACCAGCUUUUACCACACUAGUGUGGAAAAAACUUGAAGAAGAAAAUUCUGAAUUUUUCAGGGCAUAUUAUAUAAGUUUGAAGUUGAAAAGCCAGAUCAAUCUUUUCAAUCAGUUACUAGAACACCAAAGCCAUCUUAUGAAGAGUUCUGUCCUACCAAAUACUCCAGUUGCUCCAAUACAUAUUGGAAUGGAUACUAAGACUGUCAACAGCAUGCCUAUGGGGUAUCCAGUUCUUCAGCAAACUGCAAUGCCAGCUAUAGGUCAGCCACAUUUUGAUGCUACCGGUUGUGCAUUGACCAGCUGCCAUGUGGUUCAUGGAAUUCCUGCACCAGUCAGAUUCCUACCUAUUUCAAUAAAUUCUGGCAAAGACAUUUUGAUGAAUGGUGGUACACCUGAAGAAGCUGUGUCAGCUGUGCCAUGUAGUAUAUCAGAGAUUAAUGGAAGUCCUGCAUCAGUUGCGUCAAACAAUCACUUUCCAUUCACUCCAUCUGAGAUAUCUGGUAUGGCCCUGGAUGCAUCAGGACUUGAUGCAACCUUAACAUCUGCUGUGGCAAGUUCGGAAGAAUUUCAUCUAGGUCAAGAUUGUCACAUUGGUUCAUCCAAAGCUUCAUUAGGAUCACUUGGACAGCUUUGGAAUUUAAACCUUUCAGAAUUAACAACCGAUUUGGCUAAUUUCGGAGAUCUUGGAGCUCUGGAAGACUAUACUGGCUCUCCUUUCCUCCCAUCAGACUCUGAUAUCCUACUCAACUCCCCAGAACGGGACGACCAAGUUGAGGAAUACUUUGCCGACCCAGUGACUGUGCCAUCUGCGCAACCAGAUGAGGAGAAACUUUGAGAAAUUGAGGCAUCAACAAGCGUUAUUCAGGCUUGAAGGCUGUGCGACGCUGGCCAAUCUGAGAACAUGCAAUCAAUCAACUGCUGUGUUAUCACUAGCAGCACUAAGAUUCUCUUUAAUUGGAUUUAUUUUGCAAUCUGAAACACAGACAAAUUUCAUGUUUUUGGAUGAUUGUUGACUUCCGAAACUUCUCUAUGGUUAAGUGUAGGGCAUGGAGGAGAGCUUGAAUUUCAAAGUUCAAGGGCUUUCCAUUUACCUGCACUGAAAUCCAAGUCUGAUGAUUUUUUAA